AUUCUGAACCCUAGAUUUCUGCUAUCCACUUUCCAAUCCCUUUAGCUUUCCCCUCAGCGACAAGAACAAAUAAGCUCAAUCGAGAGUGACUUCGAACAUCUUAUGCCACCUAUGACUUCCAGAAUUCCUGCGGUGUGCCUGAGCGAUUGGCCGGUCUUGCGCACUUCCAGCGAUGCACGACUAUGCCAUUGCCGCGAGGCUGCCGCUCAGCUGAGUGCGCCAGCCUCCAUUCAACAUCUUCUACCAAAUCUCCACCUCACUUCGCAUCUAUGCUAUUUCAACGGUCCAACAACUACCGAGAACCCUCCCUCUUGCGAUCCUCGUGGCUAGUCGAAUAAUGCGUCUGCUACAGUUCAACAACGAUGGCGCUUUCAGCCUGACCGAGUUCUUUGAGAGCGAUAUACCCAAGUAUGCUAUUCUUUCGCACAGAUGGGGACCGGAGGAGGUUACUUUGGCAGAUCUGAAGAAUGGCAACGGCAAGAAGAUGGCUGGUUAUGGCAAGAUACAGUUCUGCGGAGAACAAGCGAAGCGCGACGGCUUGCAAUACUUUUGGGUAGACACCUGUUGUAUCGAUAAGUCGAACAGCACUGAGCUCGCAGAGGCUAUCAACUCGAUGUUUCGCUGGUACCGGGAUGCGACCAAGUGCUACGUUUAUCUGCCAGAUGUUUCGCGCCCUCGAACCGAUUCGGCCAACGGGUUCAACGAGCCCUGGGAAUCAACAUUUCGAAAAAGCGAAUGGUUUAGACGAGGCUGGACUCUGCAAGAACUUAUUGCGCCGGCAUCAGUCGACUUCUUCUGCAAAGAGGAAGAGCUACUAGGCAAUAAGGUCUCCUUAGAACGACACAUCUGCGAGGUAACAGGCAUUCCAGCCACUGCCCUUCGAGGGAGCCAGUUGUCUGUCUUCAGCGUCGCUGAGCGAAUGUCGUGGGCAGCAAGUCGUGAGACUUUUCGCCAAGAAGACAAGGCAUACUCGCUGCUAGGCAUUUUCGACGUCAAUAUGCCGCUCAUAUACAGCGAAGGGAAAGAUAAGGCGAUGAAACGACUCCGAGAGGAGAUUGAUAAGGCUUCAAAAGGGUUCAAGCGCGAGGACUUCUCAGUCACCUUCAGCCUCUCCAAUGUUUCUGACGUCGAACACUUCGUAGCAAGGAGGACAGAGCUCGUAGAGAUACACAAGGCCCUCGGUGGCGACGGCUCCCGCCGUACUGUUGUUCUGCACGGAUUAGGUGGAAUCGGCAAGACACAACUCUCUAUUGCAUAUGCGAAGCGGCACAAGGACGACUACUCGGGAAUCUUCUGGCUAAACAUCAAAGACGAGGAUUCUCUAAAACAGAGCUUUGUUAAAAUAGCUAAGCAGAUAUCAAGAGAACACCCGUCGGUUGUCCGGCUUAGCAACGUGGAUACGAAUGAAAAUCUCGAUGACAUAGUAGAUUCUGUCAAAGCAUGGCUGAGUCUGCCACAGAACACGCGAUGGCUGAUGAUCUAUGACAAUUACGACAACCCCAAAUUGCCUGGUAGGACAGAUCCCGCGGCCGUAGAUAUCCGGAGAUUCCUUCCCGAAUCAUAUCACGGGUCGAUUAUCAUUACAACACGGUCAUCGCAACUUAGAAUUGGUCAGCCUCUCCAGAUUCGUAAGCUCGAGGAUGUGCAUGACAGUGUUGAGAUUUUGUCAAAUGUGUCGAGACGGGAAGGACUGAGAAGUGAUCCUGAUGCUAUCAUGCUUGCUAGAGAGUUGGACGGACUGCCUCUUGCACUCGCUACUGCCGGAGCAUAUCUUGAUCAAGUGGCUGUAAGUCUUUCGGACUAUUUACAUCUGUACAAGCAGUCGUGGGUGCAACUCCAAGAAUCGAGUCCGGAACUGGACUCGUACGAAGACCGAACACUCUACUCUACAUGGCAGAUAUCAUUGGAUCACGUCAAGCACCAAAAUGAUCUUUCAGCUAAGCUUCUUUGCUUCUGGUCGUACUUUGAUAACCAGGAUUUCUGGUUAGAGCUUCUUCAGCACGAUGACCCGGAAGACCCGGACUGGGUACGAGAACUGACAAAAGAUGACAUAAGGUUUCAUCAAGCCAUGCGUGUACUAAGUAACCACGGGCUAGUGGAGGUAAAUACUUCUUCACAAGAACUAAACGAGUCGCGCGGAUAUAGCAUUCAUGGGUGCGUUCACUCGUGGACAAUCUACGUUCUCAAUCGUGAAUGGGAUUACGACCUUGCCAAGCUGGCUGUGAAGUUUGUAUCAUCACAUGUCCCUGGAGAACAAGAUUUCCGACCAUGGCUGACACAACGACGACUCCUCCAGCAUGCAAUAAGGUGUUCAUAUAUGUUUUCAUAUAACUUGGUAGUUGACGAUCAGCUAGUAGAUGAAUGCCAUCAACUAGGGCUCCUUUACGCUAACCAAAGCAAGCUGGUCGAGGCCGAACAGAUGUACAAGCGGGCGCUACAAGGCUACGAGAAGGCAUGGGGUCUAGAGCACACGUCGACGCUUAACACAGUCAACAACUUAGCAAUCCUCUACAAAAACCAAGGCAAGCUAGUCGAGGCCGAGCAGAUGUACCAGCGGGCGCUACAAGGCUACAAAAAGGCAUGGGGUCCAGAGCACACGUCGACGCUUAACACGGUCAACAACCUAGCAGCCCUCUACGCUAACCAAGGCAAGCUGGUCGAGGCCGAGCAGAUGUACCAGCGGGCGCUACAAGGCAAGGAAAAGGCAUGGGGUCUAAAGCACACGUCGACGCUCAACACGGUCAACAACCUAGCAGCCCUCUACAAAAACCAAGGCAAGCUAGUCGAGGCCGAGCAGAUGUACCAGCGGGCGCUGCAAGGCAAGGAAAAGGCAUGGGGUCUAGAGCACACAUCGACGCUCGAUACGGUUAAUAACCUAGCAAUCCUCUACGCCGACCAAGGCAAGCUAGUCGUGGCCGAGCAGAUGUACCAGCGGGCGCUACAAGGCUACGAAAAGGCAUGGGGUCCAGAGCACACGUCGACGCUCGAUACGGUCAAUAACCUAGCAACCCUCUACCAAAACCAAGGCAAGCUAGUCGAAGCCGAGCAAAUGUACCAGCGGGCGCUGCAAGGCUACGAGAAAGCGAUCGGUCCGGAUAAUAUUAUCACUUACGUGCCAGCGCUCAACACAAUCUGGGGUUUCGGCUCUCUCUUUGAACGUCAAGCUGAUCUAGCGAAGGCUAGGACUAUGUUUUCAAAGGCGUUGCGUGGGUAUGAGCAAGUCUUUGGACCUGAUCAUGCUAAUUCCAAGAUUUUGCGGAACAAAUUACGUCUUUUAGAUGCCGUGAUGAAGAGCGAUGUCUCAAUAGACACAAAAGACCGCGCAGACGACCUGCAUGUGAGACCGAUCAAAAAGCCUCUCUCAACAUCAAAACGGCAUAAGCUGUUUCGAAAGCUUGGCCUAAGGCCUUGACCUGUGGCUUUACAGCGAAUAUUAUGUAUAUUAGUUCUUUCUUUACUUUUUUACAGUAAAAACAUUCUAAUCAUUCAAAUUA